UACCAUGCCUCUGGGAACAUUCCUUCUUCCUGUUCUCUGUUUCUUGGGAGCAGCGACUCCACGAGGACCGCAGUAUGCCACGUUCUCGCGCAACGCUACGAAAUUCCUCCACCUGUCUAUGGACUUGGAAUCCGGGACCAUCUACCUGGGGGCCACCAACUUUCUCUUUCAGCUGACGUCUGACCUGCUGAUGAAGAACGUGGUUCAAACGGGACCAGUUCUGGACAGCAAAGAUUGCCUCCCCCCGGUCUCAAAGCUGGAGUGCCCCCAGGCACACCACACCGACAAUCACAACAAGCUGCUGCUGGUGAACGCGGUGCAGAAGGAGCUCGUCGUCUGUGGCAGCGUGCACCAGGGAAUCUGUGAGAAGCGGAGCCUAACGUCCAUCGACCACAUCCUCUUCCGACCGGAGAGCCCUGGGGACACCCAGUACGUUGCUGCCAACGAUCCCAAUAUCACCACCGUGGGACUCAUCGCCUACUCAAAGGAUGAGGUCCCCUUGCUGUUCGUGGGACGAGGGUACACCAGCCGAGGAGUUGGGGGAGGCAUUCCUCCCAUCACUACCCGAAAUCUCCGGGCCCACGGCGGGGAUGUUCAAGCAACAGACUCUCACUCCAUUUUCUCCUAUGAGGAAACGGCGAAACUGGCGGUGGGCCGGCUCUCCGAGUACAACCACCACUUCGUUAAAUCCUUCACCUACCGCUCCAGCGUCUAUUUCCUCUUCUACCGCCGGGACCUCAAGUCUCAGUCGCGCGAGUACAAGACCUACAUCUCGCGAAUCUGCCUGGACGACUCUCACUAUUACUCGUAUGUGGAGCUGCCUCUGCUCUGCCAGAGCAAAGCCAAUACGUACAGUCUGCUGCAGGCCGCCUACGUCACCCGGCCCGGAGAGGGCCUGGCCCAGGGGCGGCUGGGCACUGAGGGAGAAGUGCUCUUUGCAGCCUUCUCUGCCUGGCAGGCUGCUUCUGGCAAAGCCAACGAGGAGUCUGCGCUCUGUGUCUACGCCAUGGAGGAGGUGGAUCGCCUGACCAACUGGACAAGGGACGUUUGCUACAUGAGAGAUGGGAGGUCGGAAGAAGGGGCAGAAGUGGCAUAUAUCGAAUACGAUGUCAGUUCCAACUGCGUCCAGCUGCCGGCGGACACCCUGUAUGCAUACCCCUGUGGCUCUGACCACACUCCCAGCCCCAUGGCCAGCCGGGUACCCUUGGAAGCAGCCCCCCUCCUGGAGAAAAGAGAGGCCCGUCUGACAGCCGUGGCAGUGAACGUGGAAGAUGGCCACACCAUUGCUUUUCUGGGAGACAGCAGGGGGAGACUGCACAAGGUGUACUUAGGAGCAGCGGGGGAGGCACACGUAUACGCUUCUUUAGCCAUCCAGGUGAAUGGCAUGGUGAGCGCGGACCUGCUGUUUGACCAGAUGCAGGAGCACCUCUUUGUCAUGACCCAGUCAAUGGUGGUAAAGGUUCCCAUCCUGGAAUGUUCCCUGUACGUGGACUGCGGAUCCUGUCUGGCUCUGAAAGAUCCCUACUGUGGCUGGUGUGUCCUUCAGGGACGGUGCAGCCGUCGCUCGGAGUGCCUGCGGUCCAGGCUGAGUGAGCAGUGGCUCUGGAGCUUUAACUCUACGCAGCAGUGUCUGGCUGUCCAGUCGCUAACUCCAGCCAACAUCAGCAGAGAGGAAAAGAGAAAUAUAUUCCUGGCUAUCUCGGACUUGCCUUCUCUGCGCGAGGAAGAAUUUUACUCCUGUUACUUUGAAGAUUACGAAAGCCCAGCAGUUUUGACAGAGUCGGGAAUCAUGUGUCCUUCUCCGGAUCCCAGCCACGCCCCAGCUUUGCCAGCAGGAGCAGAUCAUGUCACCAUAAAGCUCGUAGUGCGUUUCCAUGACAUCUUCAUUGCUUCCGUGGACUUCUCUUUCUAUGACUGUGCUGCAGUGGCCCUGCUGUGGAAAUCGGCACCGUGCCAGAAGUGUGUGAGCAGUCUCUGGGGAUGUAACUGGUGCGUCCAGCAGCACCUCUGCACCCACAAAGCAGCCUGUGAGGAAGGAGCCAUCGUCUACAACGAAAUUUUUUCCGCCCUCUCCCCGCGGCUUGAACGGGCUGCAGCCGCUUGCAGGGAGUCGGGUCGCGGGCACAACGGCACCUGCCAGUCACGGCAGGCAGGGGG